AUGUCCCCUGCACCGGUGGUGGCGGACACGCAGCAGGAUCUGCAACUGCAGACCUUAGCUAGAGCUUUUGAAGCUCUUCUGCUAACCACCCAAGAACUCGGCAGUAAAGAAAGACGCUUACAGCAACGGCUGGAAUAUGCCAACACUGAGUAUUUGAAAUUAGCAGACCGUCUCCCGGGUGGACGCGAUACCCAUACGAAGAUCGUCUCGGAGAAGAUCCUGGGCCACUAUGCCGAACUCCAACCCCCUCAUAAACCAUCGUUAAACCCUCCGGAUGUAGUAAAGACGCUGGCCGAGUCUGGAAACGUAGGAGAGCAGAUGCUUACUGCCAUAACGGAGGGCCUGGAGUGCUACCAAACCAUCCUGCGCAGCCAGGGGGAUAGGCCUCUAUCUGAUGCUAAUCCAUGUCUCGUCGCCACCCGGGCUGGGGUUCCGGGUCCCCUGGAGAAAGACUUCACGACCAAGGGUACCCAGGGCCGCCUGCGAUGUCCCUUCGCCAAGCCACCAGGCCAACCCUCUGAAAAUGGGGCGUCGCAUGGGGCUGGAAGACUUGAUCCCGCUCAAAAUGGUGAUGCGUGCGGACACGAGGAUUUGGACCCAAUCAAAGCCGAAAAAUCCGACAGACGGUCGAGUCAGGCCCCCUCCGCGAGGACCUCCACCACUCAAUGUCCCGUUUCUCGGUGUCCCAUCAGAUAUCUAGAUAAACAUAGUCCGGAGGAAGUGGCCGAGUAUGUCGAGCGGCACAAGCACGAGAUCCCUCGCAGCCAUGCCAUCUGCGUGGCGCGGUACCAGAAGGAUUCGUCCAGCAUGCGCCAGCUGGAUGCGAAGUACGGUAGCCUGAUCAACAUGAUCCGCGGCUUGUCCAUGAAGCACCAGGCCUUUCUACCCAACCGGGCCAAUGGAGAUGCCCCCGGCUCUAGCACGUCUGCUGAACGGGUGGUGAAAUGGGCGGAGGAAGUUGGUCUGAAGUCAGACACACAGCCGUCUAUCAAAGAAGAGGAGGAACCAGACGAGGAAGACAGGAAGGGCCACUUUGACCGCCCGCUGCGCGAAGUUCGUGUUGGCGAAUCCCCGAGCCGGCCUUGGGGGAUUCCUGUUCCCAUCCCUCCUGCUGCAUCGGCGCCGCAGUCUCCUGUGGCUCCUGUCCCUGCCACUAUAGGGGCUCCUUCGAAUGACCCUUCAGGAUCCGCUGCCACGGACAUGCACUCGACGUCGCCGUUCCAUCAUCCCGCUGGCGAGAACACCGCAGCUGCUCCCAAGGGUCGUUGUCCGUUUGGCCAUGGCGCACCUCCUGCACCAGCCCCAGACCACGCAGAGCCCGAAACCGAGACUGUCAGGCAUCCCCAGCAGAUGAAUGAUGCCGUGGAACAUGACGCUGGAAAGCACCCCGGAGACGGCUGUCCGACAAAUUCCCCGGCGAAUAUCGUAUUCAACGGGCCGGUGUUCUUUGGUUUUUCCCCAGAACACACGGCGGCAUUCCUGCAGCAGCUGGGCCAUCUGAACAAUACCAGAACGGGGACGUAA